AUGGGUGGAGAGAACCAGACCCUAGUAGCAGAGUUCAUCUUCACUGGGUACCCAGUUCUCCCAGUAACAAGGAUGUCAUUAUUGAGCUUCUUCCUAAUGGUCUACCUCAUAACAUUGAUUGGAAAUGGCCUCAUCAUCCUUAUAACCACGUGCGAUCCACAUCUUCACACCCCCAUGUACUUCUUCCUCGGCAAUUUGUCCUUCCUGGACAUCUGUUAUACCUCAAGUACUAUCCCUCAAGUGCUGAUAAAUUUCUUGGUGAAAAGACCCACCAUUUCCUUAGUCAGGUGCUUCUGCCAGAUGUUAAGCACGCUCUUCUUAGGAUCCACCGAGUGUCUCCUUUUGGCAGUCAUGGCUUAUGAUCGCUUCGUUGCCAUCUCCAAUCCACUGCAUUAUGCACUCAUCAUGAGCAAGUCACGUUGCAUCCACUUGGCCCUGAUGUCCUGGACAGUUGCCUUCCUGCUGACAGUCCUCCCCUUUUUCUUCAUGCCAUCCCGGUUCUGUGGGCAAAAUGAAAUAGACCAUUUCACAUGUGAAGUCCUUGCUGUAAUGAAGCUGGUUUGCUCCGACACCUCCAAGAAUCAAGUCUUCAUGUUUGCCAGUGCAUCAUUUACCCUCCUUGCCCCUUUCUUCUUCAUCGUUUUCUCUUACAUGCGCAUCAUCAUAACCAUCUUGCAGAUCCGCUCAGUGGAUGGCAGGUCCAAGGCUUUCUCCACCUGCGGUUCCCACCUGACGGUGGUGACUCUCUUCUAUGGCACAGCCAUAUUCAUGUACCUCAGACCCCAGUCCAAGUCAUCCCAAGUGCAGGACAAAUUCAUUUCUGUGUUCUAUGGGGUCUUGACUCCCAUGUUAAACCCUCUAAUCUACACACUACGAAACCAGGAGGUGAAAGGGGCUCUGAGGAGAAUGGCUGAGAAGAAAGGGAAGUUAUAGACUGAUUUGAGGUUUU